AUGCCCGUCGAAUUGCGCAAGAGGAAGGCUCCGGCCGCCCCUCCGCCUCCCGCGCCCAAGCGGCAAUCCAAGGCCUCAAAAGUGGCCACAAAGGUCAAGGAGGCCGUCACCGGCAAGUCCGGGGCCACAGCCAGCCCGGCGGCUAAGCCAGGUGCUCGCCCCUCGGUCGGCGCCCAGAUCGACCUCGAGGGCUUCGGUGGUGAGAUUGAGACCAACGACGGAGAGAAGACGACGCUCAAGGCCCUCGUUGAGCAGAGCCAGUCUGGCGUCGUCCUCUUCACCUACCCAAAAGCCUCGACUCCAGGAUGCACCACCCAGGCGUGCCUCUUCCGGGACUCGUACGAGCCCCUGACCAGCGGCGGCCUUGCCAUCUACGGCCUGUCCAAGGACUCGCCAAAGGCCAACACCACCUUCAAGGAGAAGCAGAAGCUGCCGUACCCGCUCUUGUGCGAUCCCAGCGCCACCCUGAUCGCCGCCAUCGGCCUCAAGAAGCAGCCCUCGGGUACACAGCGCGGCGUCUUUGCCGUCGACAAGUCCGGCAAGGUGCUGCUCUCCGAGCCCGGCGGUCCGGCGGCGACCGUCGAGGCCGUCAAGAAGCUGGUUGCGAGCACUGGAGCCUCUGCUGACGCUGCUGACGUUGCCGAGGCCAAGGAGGAGGAGGAGGCGGAGGAGAAGGAGAAGGAGCCUGCCGCUGCUGCCGUCAAUGGCGACAGCACGGAGGAGGCCAAGAAAGACGAGGCCUGA